ACAGGCUCCACCAACAGCUGUCUAAGUGAGACUGCACAGCGGACCGCAGGCUAGGGGAGGGGGAAUGGGUCCGGGUCCGAGUCCGACGGCGGUGACUUCAGCAGCUGAAGCCUGCAGCCAAUGCCGCUCCGCUGUAGCUGUCGAGAGAAUAAGAAGAGUGGAUCAAGCUUUCAUCGGAUUUAUUUAGCUUCCCUUUGUUGAGGAACAGUGAAGAAGAAAACGGGAGGCGAGGAUGUCUUUACCAGAGCUGCCAGGCUCUUUUGGAGUCAUGUUCCCAGCUUUCUCUCUGCCCAUGAAAGCGGAGCGCAGUCGGAAUAAGGAACGGCUGGAGGCCAGCCUGGCCGGCUUGUGUGAGCUGGAGCUGCUCAAACAGAGGCAGGAAUGCCGGGUCCUGAGCGCCCUCUGCCUCGGGGACUCUCCGGUUCCCGGGCGUCCACCUUGGGGAGGUCUACGGAGCUCACGUUGCGCCCUGGACGCACCGAAAGGCAACGCGCCGGAUGACUGUAGCCGCAGGCUCCAAGCCAGCAGUCUCCAGUGUAUGCCCUGGAGCACAAAGGCGUCUUUAGAACAGCAGGUCGCAGAGCUGAAGGUGAACACUGAGGUCAAAUCAACAGAUUCUCAUACUGAUUUGGAGGACAGCCAAGUCACUGCAGGAGAAGUCCUUGUAGCCAAGCAAAACAGAUUUCCUGAAUCAAAUUACCACCCCAUGGUCCCUCGCUCCCUCUCAGCCCCUGAGGGGACUGCAGAGACAGAGACAGGAGAAAAAUGGCUGUCAGACCCAACAAGACGAGCCAUGGUUGCUGAAGCUUUGGGGGAGAUGAAGGAUGUUGACCCCUGUCAGGAAGAGUAUCAACAAGCCCAAAAGGUAGAGACUUAUAUAUUUGGAUUGAUCCAACGCAGAGCCCUACCGACACGCCCCUCAAAGCCUCGCACCAGUCUGGCACAUGAUGUCCGAGCUGUCAGCGUGGUGAGGCAAAGUAGUAUAUGCAAGGAGGAGCAACACUCACCAAAGCAGGCGCCUCUUCAAGAGAUCUCUAGUCCAUCUCAUUGUUCAGAGGAAACUGCUCCACAGGCUUGCCAUAACCUUGAUCAGGGGCAUUACCUAGGGACAAGGUUUCCUGAGGAUGCCUCACCCCCAUACCACCACCAUCUCCAGCAAAGUGUCCAGCAUCAACCAGGGCUUUACCACAGGCCCAGGCAGGCCUCCAUGAUGAACAGCUCCCGGUCAACCUUGCUGGAAUAUUCAUCUUUCAAAGUGCUGCAAGCCCACCCUGAUUCCAGUAAUAGUGAGCCUGAUUCACCUCAACAUUUCCACAACUACCCUCCCCCUUCAGCUGUGUCAAAGCCUCAAAAGCCACCUUCACCUGAUGAGCUGCUGGUCAACGCAGAGUAUAUUCCAGCCCAGCCUUGUCGAGCAUCCACCAGAGCUUAUGCUCAUCACCACCCCAACCCCCAAAAGGGCUCUGGGGCGCCUAAACCCAACCGAAGCACAUAUUCUCCAGAAAGGGUCCAUCAUCAUCAAGGGCAGCAGCCGACGGCAUCUCAGAUCCAACCCUCCAGAUCCCGUGGGGGCCCAAAGAAGUGUCGCUCAAAUGAAGAGAGAAGUGGUGCCAACAGGAAGCCGGGCAAGAAGGCCUGUAGGUCUCAGUCAGAGAACAGCCUGCAGAGGGUUCCAGAGCGCAAGUACAAUACAGUAGAGAGAGAUGGUGGAGGAAGUGGAAGCGGUGGAAGGGGAAGCCGCAGUAGUCAAUCCAGGAGCAAGAAACAACAGCAAGGAGGUGGUAGCUAUCUGCGCUGGCAGUCCACUCUGGAGCUCAGCCAAGAUGAGGCAGACCAGCCACCCAUGCAGGCACCCAUGCAAGGCUCCUCAGCUUCAAACCAAAAGGACUAUUGUGGAAGGCGCACACGCAAAUCUCGCCCUACACAUGCGUCAUAUGCCUACCCACACCAUCACUCCCACCACCACCAGCACAUGGAGUACCAGUUAGAGAGGGACCAAGUACCACCAUGUCAGCCUAGUGAUGACUACCCUCACCCAGGUCAGGGUGAGUCUGAGUCCAGCAUGAGCGAGGCUGACUCUCCAGAUUCCAGCUCUUUGUCCAGUGACUCAGAUGAGAGUGGUGGUCUGGUUUGGCCCCAGCAACUACCCCCUCAACUUUCCCUUCCAUCACCUCCUGCCCCACCUGGAGCACCUCUGCAGCCCAAGGCUUUUGUUAAGAUUAAGGCCUCACAUGCCCUUAAGAAGAAGAUCCUACGCUUCCGCACUGGUUCACUGAAAGUAAUGACCACUGUAUAAAGUGGAAUACCGGCCAAACUGAAAGACCAUGAGAUGCAGAGCUUUGGACUAUGUAAAACAAACUACAGUGAAUAUAAAAAUCAAUGUGUGCAUGGAAGUACUUUGAUCUUAGCUCACUGAAUUGAUUGGAUACUUUAAGGUCAGGCUUAACAAGCAAUGAAGGAAAUAGCUUUCACCAUAUCAGCCUUUUGGUUUUAAAAAUGUGUGUUACAUUUUACUUUACUUUAAUCUUAUAUGGAUGACUCAUGUUUUGCCAAAGGGUACGCUAAUUUGGCCACAUUGGCCCCUAAAUAUUCCAACACAUCCAGAUGAACACACCCAUUGAGUAUCUGACAUUGUCUUUAAGGCCGCAGUGAACUGAAAUUUCAUAAUUUUGAUUUCCAGCCAGGCAUGAAUCAUUUCCCAUUGUAAGGGACAUUGAACAUUUUUGCAUUAUUAUCCUAAACCUUUCUUACUUUUCUGUGUGGCUUGUUGUACAAGUGUCAGCGUCACCAAACUGUCUUAACUGCACAUGAUUUGUGCAGUUAAUCAUUUAGGUGAUUUGAUCAUUUGCAUAACCAACACUUUGCUAUAUACCUGUUCUGCUUAUUGGAAACUUUAUUGUUGAAAAUAAAGUGGUCUACAAUGCUGAGACAGGCAGCGGUUUCCUUAUAUUUGGACCGUGAAAUUCUCUUUUGUUGCUGAAAUGAUGUAUACCUGUAAAUAGGAGGCUAACUUAAGACAAACAACCAAGAGUUUGUGCUUCCUAUAUAUUUUUUUCAUAAACAGCUAUUGAAUAUAUUGUGGGUGGAAAUGAAUUUAUCAAUGGGACAGGGGAAAUGUGACCACAGUACAUGACACAAGUGGUUGUGAAAGUGUAGAUUGUUAGCACAGUACAAAGUGCUAUUUUGUCUGGAAUUUGUGGUUGAGAUAGUAAAUCUCGCUCUAGAAAGAACUGGCUGUCAGCUGAAAAGAUGUCUGUGAAUCUUUGAAAUUUUACUGUAGCAGCAGAAACAAACCAGCUACAUUUAAACCGUGUUCAAAAAGUCUUGGAGAGACUUUUUUUUAGUCCCACUCACAGAGUGACUAAGAAUUCUUGAAGGACUUUUAUUAAAAUGUUAAGUAGCAACAGUUAUUACUGUUUUAAAUGUUAAUAGUAGACUACUUGCAGACUAAUACAAAUUUGCCUGCCCAGAGAAUGUAUUAAACAUUACAGUGUCACUUUGAGUAUUUGAUAGUGUUAUUUAAAGUGCACGAGCCAACUCACUAUUAGCUUCUUUUUGUAUGAAAUUUGUUUGACAAAACGAAGUGUAUGAAAUUAAACUGUAAAAAAACAAAACAAUACUUGUGUGUUUAAACAUUGUCACAUCAACCAGUAGUUUCAGAAAUGCAGGUUUUUCUUCAAUGCUAGGUGUUACCAAAUAACCAGCCCAUGUUACUGUCUCCAUUCAAACCACACACCAUAACACAGGUAAAACACUCUCUCUCACACACACACAGCUUUGUUUUGUGCCAGGGAAUGAUAGAAAUGAACUAGCAGAGAGGAUAACUCAGCUGUCUAACAUACGCCUCAUGCAUGUUGAAAAAUCCAUUCGAUUCUAAAUGUGAUGGCCCACUGGAUGGAGAAACUGAUGGUCCAUGUGAUGUUAUAGCGGCAAUCUAGCUCUAAUUUUGUCAUUUGUUUCUUUGCUCAUGUAUAGUGUAAGUGAGGAUACACGCAUGAAUAAUCUAUGCACAGAUGUACGCUCGCCAUAAAUGUACUGUUCCCAGCCUUCAACACUACAUACUAGCUAGUCAUUAACUGAAAUCCUUUCUCCAUACCUCCAACCAUACCUCCAUACCUUUUCAAAGAGUGUGUAGAAUCAGCGUUAUUCAGAACUAUGUCUCAUGCCAUUAACAAACAGCCAAAAUUAGCUGGAUUAACUCUGGUUAGUUGGCUAAAUGUCAUCUUAUUAGCCUCAAACAAUCCAAAUCUGAUAAACACUAAACAUUAUCAACAUUAGGUUGGUCUAUGUGCAGUAAGUUGCCAGGUAACACGAUGGAGCUCACUGAGUAACCGGCCUUGAUGGUGACUAAGAAAUGGAACAGCAGUGGGUUACAGAUAAUGAGUGUAGGGAGUGUAAGAAGCAAAGGUGCAAAGUCAAAAUAAUGGCAUCACCAGGAUAGAACUCUGUAAACUACACGUAUUAAGUGACGGUGAGCUGUGUGCAUCAUUUUCUUUAAUGAAUUGCAUAUUGACACACAACAAUGGAUGACUCCAUACUAUAUUGUUGAUAG